AUGUUUAGCUUCUCCAACCUCGUCGCGAUCGCGAUCGUGUUCCUUAUCCUCCUGCCGUUCUCGACCUUCGCAAUCCUACAUACAAUCACCGGAAUCAAGGUUCGUAGCUAUGGAUACCUGUCACUCCGCCGUCUUAGUUAUACGACACCGGUUGGCAUACGUCUUUAUGUGCGAUCGGUAGGCCUUUCGCUACACCGACCUACGAUUGCGCGAAACACAUGGAUCAGCAUUGUUGUUACAGGGAUCAAGGUCCAACUGCGCCCGGAGCAUGUCGCGAAGCACAUGAAAGGACGGAAGUCUCCUGAUCAUGUGGCCGUAAAGGAGUCUGCCGAGGAGCAGUUGCGCAUCCUCGGAGAAAAGUUAUCCAAUGUCACGAAAUGGAUCAACAUCGUGGAUGUUCAGAUUGACAACACCUCUCUGGAGGUUAUUGAAGUAGGGACGUGGCAGAUUGGUCGUUUGCAUGUCGCAGCGGAAACAUCGGCCUGUAAUGAUGGACGAAAGGGCUUCGGGAUUCGAAAUUCCGGUACCCGAGGGAGGGCGCAAUCACUCCCAGGGGUUUCACCCUGUCAAAGCACAGUGGUGACCGCAAUGAUUCAGCAUGUCCUUGUUACACCGCCUGAUGCUGAUGCAGAAGCCGUCGAGCUUUUUGACAUGUCGCUAUUCACAGUCACCAUUUCGGCAAGCGCAGAUAAGGGUGUCACCAAGGUCAAGCUGGAAGCUCGUCUGACGAAACUGUUUGUUCCAGUAGACUGCUUCCUGCACGUACUGGAGGAAUUCAGGGUCCGCUGUCUGGUUGAGCAGGAUGUGUCCGUGUCAGAGACGAUGCACGAAAACCCGCCGAAGCCACCAAACCCCAUUCUCCAAGUUAUUGAUGAAGUCCACGUUUACAUCGGGGCGUUGGAGGUUACCACUGCUCUCGCUCAGCUGCAGCCCACGGGAAUACCGUCCCGGUUUACUCUGUCCUUGAAGGACGCUGGGCUGGAGUUUGAGAAGAUACCUCAGACAAGCGCUGUGCACCGCAUGCAUUUCCACCCCGACACUAUCUCGCAUCAAGCAAUUCUCACCGCUGUCUCUAUCACGGUGUACGGUGGGCCUGAGGACCAGCAGGAUCAGCUUAUUUCGGUUCCACUCAUGACCGUUGCAUGCAAAACGAGCAUGGUGAGUAGGUGGUUGGGGUUGGGCAAGUUACUUGAUGACCCGAAUACCAAUCUGGUUACGGUAAAUGUGGUCAUCACUAACCCAUCUGCUGACCUGAGGCUGGACCAUGUGCCGAUCUUCCUUUCCCUCCUGAGACUAUCCAAAGCCAGGAAGACUGGGCAAGUCAAUAGCGACGAGAAACCCACGUUGAAGUCACGUAUUUCGAGCACUCUACCACGAAUGUCCUUGAAUUUUACUAUUCACGAACCGGCGAUGCGUGUUCUCCUACCCUCGAUUUUGAGGAACACUGAUGGAGAAGACAGCUUCCGUGACCGCGCUCUCGUUUCUCGUCAAAACAACGUGGUAUUGGACGUUGAAGGUGCCCACACGGAGACAGGGCAGUAUGCUAUGUCAACGGCCAUUCGGUGGGGCAUUCAGCGUGUGUACUACAGGAUUGACGGUGCGACGCAUGACGUUAUCGAUUUCGAUGGCCUGCUCUUGCGGUUGAGAACAGGGUCAGCGCAAGAACCUCAUGUGUCAGUGUAUAGCUCCAUUGAGAAUCUCAAAGUCAAGUUGGAUCAUCCGGAUACGGUAGCUUGUCUGACCGAGAUUGCUCAUACCAUCGACAAGCAUGUGGUGCCAACAAAGGUCGUAAGCGUCCUUGAUACGCUGAAACUCCCGAACCGACUGAAGGAAAAGCGGUUCUUCCUACGUAACCUUCCUGAGUGGCUGCACGAUGUUCGAGUUGAGGGUAAAGAUGUGCAGGUCGCUCUCGCCGACGUUGAAAAGGCGAUAUCGGAGGACGCGAAAGGAACAGGUCUUCAGAUUGAUUCUUGGGUUGCGGACUAUCGUGUCGGCCCUCAUACUCACAAGCAUCAUCACAAGACCCUGGAUGCAUCCAUAAUUCCUCCCCUUCAGGAUGAUUCUGGCCCGUCCCCGGCUGAACCACAGACGCCGCAUGCCAAACACUCAGACUUGCAUGAUGAGGACCAUCGCGACAACGAAGACGAACAGAGGAUGACUGUCGUUGUACGGGCUUUGCGAGUGCUAACCAUCGACUCAAAAAAGAAGUGGGAUCAUGACGAACCUCUGUUAGCUGUGCCCGCGAUUCACGUAUCUAUGUCGACAGCGAGCGAUGAGGAGUCUGACUACGGCAAGAUACGCCUGAAUGUGAAACAAGCGGAUUUGGGAUACUCCUUGAACAAGCACUAUACUUUGCUUCAGGCGAUUAACGUACUGAGAAAGGCCGCUGCAAUGAGUCCACCCGCGAUUCAACGUCAAAGGGAAGACAAAACAGUGGAGCAAGGGCAACAUGUGCAACACAAAGAGCCGCUUUUGAUCGACGCUAAGGUUCAUUCCCUUCGUUUAAGAGCUUCGUUGCCCUUAGGCAGGCGUGCCAUGAUCGAAGUUGCCAACCUCGAGUUUGCAAAACCACGGUGGGGAACUCCUACUACGAAGGCGCGAUUCGUGCGUGGAUAUGUCCCCAACCCUAUCUUGAAUACCGCGUGGGAUCGAGUUUUCAGUCUGAGCCAGGUGAAGGUGGAGCAAAAGUAUGCCAAAGGCACUUCACAGAACGGAGAUGCUCACUCAGCAUCCAGCAAAUCCUUCAUCUUGAGGUCUGACGCCAUUCGUCUACGAAUCCCUGAUCGAUUCGUCCUGCACGAGUUGAUCGAGAGUAUCAUCAAUACCGCCAAGGCUGGAAAGCAACUACAACAUCGAUUCAUCACGGGUUCAAAUGACUACAUUCUUCAACCGCAUGCAGAGGACGCGAAACAUGUUCCUCGGGUGCGUGUGAAAUCGCGGGUUACCAGUCUUAUCCUUGAAGAUGAUCCAUUUGAAUCCAGGCUAGGGCUCAUCUGGCGAGUUGGGUUGAUUGAGCAGAAAGCUCGCCUGGCUCGGGAGGCCGCUUUCGAAGCGAAGUGCGAAAAGAUCCGCGAAGAAGACGAAAAGAGGAGGGCACGCAGCGAUGCGCAUAAACGCGCGCAUUUCGAGGAUCAGGAUGUUGACAAGGUUUCUCAAAAGACGGACAGUAGUACACUUGCAGACCUUGAAUGCGCGGUGGACGCCGCCGCUGAGCACAUGCAACAGGAUGCUGCAUCCACUGACAGUUCUGUGGAAGUUGCAGAUCGUCCCCAACUACAACCUCGUGACACUUCAACGUCCCUUCGGUACAAUCCAGAAACAGCUCCAGAGAUUAGCUCGAGUGCCCGGGUUGAUAUUGCGACCGCUGAGAGGAACCUGCAGGAGCAUAAUUCCACCGCGUGGAUCAAGAGGUUUAAGUGGGCCAAUGUGACCAGGUCGGCGAAGAUGGCUGCAUUACGCCAAAAGGUGUGGGGCCACGAUGAUCUUAUCACACAUCACUCUGGUGCUCGUGAGCGGAUCUUGCCUUUGCCGCAGAGACCACCUCUCAUGAGCGUUGUUCUCAUGGAUCUUGACUUCACCAUUGACAAGCCAAGCUUUCCGCCAAGCUAUCUACCGAGCUUCUUACAUGACGUUGGCAAAGGUCUUCCACCGGACACGCAGUUUUCGCUUCUCAUUCCAUUGAGUGUACGAUGGGAGAUGAGUGAAGCACGUGUUAAUUUGAGAGACUACCCGUUGCCUUUGAUUCAUAUCCAGGCGCCUUCCACGAACCGGACCUCGAAGAUGCCGACGUUCUCGCUACAGGCCGACUUCGUUAUUGCCGAAGAACUUGCUGAUUUUGAAUCAACCCGGCAUGUUGAUGUGACGAUCAUCCCCUCGGACACGGGACGAAAGGGAUCACCGUCGUUCAAAAUGACCAUUCCUCGGACGUCGAAUCCCCCAAAGACGUAUUCGACUAUCAAUAUCGGCAUUAACAGUGAUCUACCUACCCGCUUUGCAUGGGGUACAUCUCUGCAACCAGCCAUAUCAGAUGCAAUGAGGGUAUUUGAGUCUUUCACAAAACCCCAAGCAGAUGUUUCUGAGAAACUUGGGUUUUGGGAUAAGAUUCGUCUCGUGUUACAUAGUCGCAUGCGCCUUAAUUGGGGGAAGGCGGGAGAUGUGCACUUUACCUUGAAAGGUACCCGUGAUCCCUACAUCAUCACGGGUGACGGUGCCGGAUUCCUGUUUUGCUGGCGAGGAGAAACGGCCUGUCAAAUCGCGUGCAACCCGGAACCCAGAAAUCUUCUCCAAAUUGAAAGCGAGGAGUUCAUGCUUGCGAUCCCUGAUUAUACAAAGGACGUCUUCGACAACCCUGUUGCAGCUGCAUCAGGUGAUCGUAAAGUACGUGCCGAUCAGGCUCUAUCAGAAGCAUCACUGAAGCACAACGACAUGUUUCAGAAGAUUGUCAUGAAGCUUACUGGCCGAGUUAAAUGGACAGCUGGACUAACAUUUGAGAGACAUUGUCCACCGGACUGCAAGGAUUGUGAAGGACAGAACAAAUGUCGUUUGUAUACUUUCAACCCACAUUACGACGUCGUAAUGAAAAUCCCCCAGUAUUCAAUUCUGAAGAACGGGCAGGUAAGGGACGCGUUUGCCGGCUUCCGGAGCAAUUUCCUUCAUGGACAACUUUCUGUUACUUGUCCGAGCAGAACGGAGGAUGCCAACCUCACUGGUGUCGGUGGGAAAAGCGCCGUUAAUUCAAUUCAUCUGACCCCAAGGGUGUUCUCACACUUCUUUUCCUGGAUUCAUACGUUUUCAAGCGCUUUGAACUUACCCUGCCGUCAAGGCUCGUUGUUUCCAAACCCUGAGAAGUCCGGUAAAAAGUUCGGAGCCUAUCUUGCGACUUUGAAGUACAAACUGGAGCUUUCGCCUCUGUUCCUCAGUCAUAUUUACAAGCACAAAGACAACAGAGAUUGGGAGCAGGGUACCCUGACUGCAACUGGCAUAAAGGGUCGCAUUGAGAGAUUCUCUAUGGAUAUGCAUCAGCGUCGCGAAGAGCAUGUUGAUCAGGCUAAGGAUCAAAAUAAAGAGAAGAAGUCACAUAUGUCAGUCAAUUUGGCCGAAAUCAACUUUAUCGACACCGAUCUCCGAGCAAUUCUUGCUACUGCGCAGGAGUACUCUGCCAAGGACUUGCAUUUCAUGCGUACUGCACAAGAAGAACAAACGGAAGCUGAUCAUGUUGUCUUGGAGAACCAGGCUUGUCUCGGUCUUCCCACAGAAAAUCGCGAAUGGGUCGAUAUGAACGAUUUUGUGGAGCUGGAUUACGUUCUCGCCCAGAAGAAACCCGAAUGUAUCAUUAUGCCUUUGGCAUUUACACCGCGAUUUACUUACUACCGCGAGACAGAUCCGUCUGAGCAUUCCCACGGUAAAUCGCGCGGCCCUCAUGAUGCAUCCCGCGUUACGAAAUCGAGAUUUAACGAUGAAGCGACUCACGACUGUGCCAUGCAGGGUAUAGGGAAGAAUUAUCUCGCCGCCCAGUUGAAGUUGGCGAAGAAUCGAGAAAAGGAGAUCUCGCAGCUAAUCAAGAAGAAUGCGGAUUAUCUUGAGCAGAUCGAGGGUCAAAUUGCGGCAACGCCGUAUAAAGACGUCGCUCCCUUGAUCAAGCAGUCUGAAGAACUGGUACAACAGAGUGCGUUGUUGUACGACAAGCGCAAUUUCAUGUCAGCGCUUACCCAGAUUCUCAUCGAGCAUUUUGAACGAGGCAAUUUUGAAGUGGAUGACGAAAUUAGGAAAGUACUCGAAGAACAGGCGAAGAAAGAGGGUCCAGCCAACCUCAACGAUCCCCGGCUUCAACGCUUGGAACUUUCACCUCUGGAUGAUCCUUUUCAUGACUUCAGCAAUCGGUUCGUUGUGCAUAACGUUCAGCUCAAGUGGUACAACGCAGUCCGCAACGCGCUUCUUAGUUACAUACACGAAGUCGGCCAACGACGUGGUUUCAUAUAUUAUAUGUCCCAAAGAGCUGUUCAGUUUAUCUCCAACCUUGUUGAAGAACAGAGGGAACAGAGUGAAUCCGUUGUGGGUGCCGAGGAGGGAGAACUGAAGUACGAAAAUGAGGAGGAAAGGGCCACAGAGGAUCUUAUUCGCCAACUUCUAGAGGAUGCCGACCAACAUUUUGUUGUUAAAGACGAAAAGUCUACUGUCAAACCCCCAAAGCGUCGUGACUCGACUGCUCCUCAGCAAAGCCCGCGUGACGGCCGUUACGAAUGGAUCGAAGACUUACCAGAUGGCGUCGGUGCAAGGAGUCAGUAUACAGUGAGCCUUAUCGCACCCCAAAUUCAGCUCCAAAGUGAAAAGAACGAUGACAGUGCCGUUAUUGUGACAACUCAAGCGAUCCGAUUGAACAUAUUCAACCUCAUGGAUAAGGACAACUUUGAUGAUGAUGUCAACGGGCUUAUUCAGCAAAGGUUUAUGUUCAGUAUGGAUAACGCUCAGUUCUUCGUCGCGCAGCGGAAGGAUUUCAUGGGAAAAAUUGGAGAUCUGCUGUCAGCCAAUAAAUACGGAACUAACGAAAACUCGUCCUGGCCGCCUUGGGUACCCCUGGAGACCAUGUUUGAUUUCGUUAACAGUCCUACAGCGUUUGCGCGAAUUGUUGAUCAGACUUCCGCUUCGUGCACGUACUCUAAAUACAAUCACUUGCGUCUGAAAUACAAUAGCUCCGUCGAAGACGAUGUUGAAAAUCGGAGUCGUUACGGCCUUGGCGAAACCGAACGCUCCAAUAUCUGCAGCGUGAACUUCCCGAAGUUUGUCGUUUCAGCGGAUGCCCGGCAAUACCGAGCGUUGUAUGUCAUCAUCACGGAUCUGCUGAUGUAUACGGAACCGUUGCAGAAAGAGCGCACUGAGCGCCUUGAGCGAAUCCUUAUUGCCGCGGACUUUAGUGACAUGAGGGGUGCUGUUGGCAUGGUGAAAAAGCUGCAAGAACGGAUCCGCCAGUUGCUUGAAAUUAAGACACAGUUUAAAAUCCAAGCUGAGAAUUUGGAUGAACAGGGCUGCAAUGAUCAAGUUGCUGUCGAGGCUGAGAUACAUGACUGUCAAGAGGAAUUGUUCUUCCUGAUGAAGACAAUCAUUGCAUCGCAGCAUAUGCUUGAAGAUCACGAAAGCAUGGCAAAUUCCGCAAUGCGCUGGUUCUUGUCUGCAAGUGAAGUUAUUUGGCAUAUGAACCAAGACGACGGAACUCCUAUGUUGGAUGUCGGACUAUCUCAUGCCACAUUCAAACGAGUUGACAACACCGACAACUCAAAUUUUAACACGCUGGAGAUCGAGAUGAUGCAAGCAAUAAAUCUGAUGCCAGGAGCUCGGUACACUGAGAUGGUGGCACCUUAUUUCGGUGAAACAAGCACAGUACUGGAUGCACGCCGGAGCAAAAUGCUUCGUGUGUAUUGGUACAUGCUCGAAGCAAUCGGUGGCAUCAGUGUGAUGGAUCAUUUUGAGCUGAACCUUUUCCCCAUCAGUGUGCAAUUAGAGCACAGUGUCGGUAAGAAUGUGUUCGCGUAUUUCCUUCCAGAAGACAUGGAUGAGGAUGAAGCGGGAGACCCUGACGCAGAUGAUGUAGAGGGUUCGGCUGAGCUGGCAACCCAAGACGAAGAGAACCCACCGGAAACGAAUUUACCAAAGCGAAGUCGCACGCUCUCGAGUGGCUCCAGUGGUGCUCCGAGGCCGUCUUCUAGCUCUUCGCGCAUAUCACAGUUCACUACAGCGAGCGACGGAACGAACGGAAUUAUCCGUGUGGGCUCUCUCCAUCAGAAUCUUAGGGCGUCGCGUUCUAGAGAAUCUUUGGCGACAACUUCGACAAGCUCUGAUCACUCGGAACAUUCAGCUGAGAGCAGCGGGAAGAAAAAGUUUUGGCAACGAAACGCGGUGUCAACUAAUCGUGUGGAGGCCGAGGACGAUUUAUCGCAGAUGAUGAGCCGUGCCUCUCAGAACAUGACGCUGGUUUACGUGAAAGUUCCGAGUACGGUGCUGUGCCUCAGCUACAAAGGCCCGAAGAGAACAAAUAUUGAAGACGUGGAAAACUUUGUUUUCAAUAUGCCUACGGUGGAGUUUCGCAACAAGACUUGGUCUUUCGUAGAGCUUGCGGUGCACCUCAAACGAGAGGUGCUCAAGGCUGUGUUACAGCACACAGGCUCACUCAUUGCCGAAAAGUUCACAAAGCACAAAUCUAGCAAGCACCAUCCAUCGCGAUCCCGUACAAGACAGCUCUCGAGCUAUCAGUCGUUCACACCGAUCAGCGCUUUGAGCACCGAUGAGGACGAUGCAGAACUCCCAAACACAGAUAUGGCACAAAAACGCCUUCCACGCAGCGGUUCAACUGCCCUAACGCGUCCAUCAACCCUGAGAGAGGAAGUGGAACCGGAAGACGAGGAAUCCACUGGCUCAUCGUCAUCUCCUGUACAUUCUGUGCCUUCGUCGGUAAGACCGCCAAUGGCGGAGAACGAACGCUUGCAAUUGGGUACGAACGGUAUCUUAGAUGAAGAGAAGUCUCAUUCACUACUGCCCCAUGCUUUUGGGAACUCUAUCGGACGUCAUUUGGCCCAUUUAUCCCAUCUGGCACGACAUAGAGAUGGUAUAGCGGAAGAAAAUGAAGAGAGUAGGCUCAAAAAAACUAAAAUGCUUUUGGGCAAGUUCGUUAGGUGAAUUCGAGUAGCAGUUUUCUGCUCACCUGAAGGGAUGGCGUGUCGCUGGGAGCCGAUAUCUAGUAGGAGUUUCAGAUGUAGCAUUUUCGCAUAAGCAAGCAAAUAGCAGUUCCUCCC